UCACGCGGCCUGAGGCGGCGGCCGCGGCGGCGCCCCCGGCCCCAGCCCUGCAUCCCCCCCUUUUGGGUAGAGGAGCCGCCGCGGUGCCGGGCGGAGGAUGGUGCGCGGCGUGCCGGGGGCUCCCUGCCGCCAGAGCCGCAGUGCCGCAGCCGAGCUGGCCGCGGUGGGCAGCCGACCCCCGCACCGGGCGUGGGGCAGGCGGCCGCGGUGAGGCGCGGAGGGCGGCACGGGCGCCAGGGCCGGCCGGCUGGCGCAGCAGCCGCAGCAGCCAUGGGGGCCCUGACCAGCCGGCAGCAUGCGGGCGUGGAGGAGGUGGACAUCCCGUCUAAUUCCGUGUACCGCUAUCCGCCCAAGUCCGGCAGCUAUUUUGCCAGCCACUUCAUCAUGGGAGGAGAGAAGUUUGACUCCACACAUCCCGAAGGCUACCUGUUCGGGGAGAACAGCGAUCUGAACUUCCUGGGGAACAGGCCAGUGGCGUUUCCAUAUGCUGCUCCACCUCCCCAAGAGCCUGUGAAGACUCUGAGAAGCCUGAUCAACAUCCGAAAGGACACGCUAAGGCUUGUCAAAUGUGCUGAGGAAGUGAAGAGCCCUGGAGAAGAGGCCAGCAAAGCUAAAGUCCACUACAAUGUCGAGUUCACCUUUGACACGGAUGCCCGGGUGGCCAUCACCAUCUACUAUCAGGCCACUGAAGAGUUCCAGAAUGGUAUUGCCAGCUACAUUCCAAAAGACAACAGCCUCCAGUCAGAGACUGUGCAUUAUAAGCGAGGGGUGUGCCAACAGUUUUGCCUGCCCUCCCAUACCGUGGACCCCUCAGAGUGGGCUGAAGAGGAGCUCGGCUUUGAUCUGGACCAAGAAGUUUACCCUGUGGUGGUACAUGCUGUCGUGGAUGAAGGCGAUGAGUAUUUCGGCCAUUGCCAUGUACUGCUGGGUACAUUCGAAAAGCACACAGAUGGGACUUUCUGUGUCAAGCCUCUCAAACAGAAGCAAGUAGUGGAUGGAGUCAGCUACCUCCUUCAGGAGAUCUAUGGAAUCGAAAACAAAUACAACACACAAGAUUCUAAGGUGGCUGAAGACGAAGUGAGUGAUAACAGUGCUGAGUGUGUGGUGUGUCUCUCUGAUGUCCGGGACACCUUGAUUCUGCCCUGUCGCCACCUCUGCCUCUGUAACACCUGUGCAGACACCCUGCGCUACCAGGCCAACAACUGCCCCAUAUGUCGGCUGCCCUUCCGGGCACUGCUUCAGAUCCGAGCCAUGAGGAAAAAAUUGGGCCCCUUGUCCCCAACCAGCUUUAAUCCCAUCAUCUCCUCCCAGACAUCUGACUCUGAAGAGCAUUCAUCCUCAGAGAAUAUUCCACCAGGUUAUGAAGUGGUGUCUCUUCUGGAGGCUCUCAAUGGGCCCCUCACCCCAUCCCCAGCGGUCCCUCCACUUCAUGUGCUUGGAGAUGGUCAUAUCUCAGGAAUGUUGCCUUCAUACGGCAGUGACGGCCACCUGCCCCCUGUCAGGACACUGUCCCCCCUUGAUCGCCUGUCUGAUUGCAGCAGCCAAGGACUCAAGCUCAAAAAGAGUCUCUCCAAAUCUGUUUCCCAGAAUUCUUCUGUGUUGCACGAAGAGGAAGACGAGCGCUCUUGCAGCGAGUCGGAGACUCCGCUCUCCCAGAGACCAGUGACUCAGCUUCCUGGGGAGGAAUGUGGCAUGACUCCAGAAAGUGAAAACCUCACCCUGUCAUCCUCAGGAGCUAUUGACCAGUCGUCUUGCACAGGGACUCCUCUCUCUUCUACCAUUUCCUCCCCAGAAGACCCCGCCAGCAGCAGCCUGGCCCAGUCAGUCAUGUCCAUGGCGUCCUCCCAGAUCAGUACUGACACUGUGUCCUCCAUGUCUGGCUCCUACAUUGCCCCUGGCAAUGAAGAGGACGAAGAGGCCCUCCCUUCCCCCCAGGCUGCCAGCCGAGCCCCCUCAGAAGAAGGCGAGGGGAUACCAGCAGAGACUCCAGAUAGCAACUUUGUCGGCCUCCCAGCAGGAGAACAGGAUGCAGAGGGAAAUGAUGUCAUAGAGGAAGAAGAUGGAUCUCCCAUGCAAGAAGAUGGCCAGAGGACAUGCGCAUUUCUAGGUAUGGAGUGUGACAAUAACAAUGACUUUGACAUCGCAAGCGUGAAAGCACUGGACAAUAAGCUGUGCUCUGAGGUCUGCUUACCUGGUACCUGGCAGGCUGAUGACAACAUUGUCAGUUGUUGGAACCCCCAGUGCCGGCGCUUAUCAUCCAGCAGCCUGGAGGACCCUGAGGAGAGCAGGCCCAGCAUGUGGGGUCCUUUGGCUGUCUGAGAGUGCCCACCCCUGUACCCAGGCUCCCCUCCUGCCCUGCAUUCCAUACAUCCUCACUGGACCACUGGCCUCCUGGGCAUCCUCAGCAAGACACGUGUGGACUUUAUACUCAAGUGAAAGCUGGACAUGGAGUUCAGCCUGCUCUUCUCCCAGCCUCAUCUCCUAUAACUGCCAUCCUUGCCCUCACAGAAGAAAACAGAAGUUCUGAACUAUAGCUCCUGAGACCCUUCACAGAGACUGGCCUGCACCUGCUGAACCUAGUUGGCAGGUGGAACAGAGGGCCAGAGGCUGUGUGUUUCUUAACAUCUUUUCUCCUUAGGGGUGGGUAGGCCAUGCAGAUUCAAGAAUUUGGGCAGCUUUGUUACAGACACCCAUCUGGAAGUUUCUAAUCUCUGGCACACCAUAACCAAUUCAAAACCUCCAGUUUGGGGUGGUUGGGGCAUGGCUCCUGUGAGAAGGGAGGGCCAUGUUGACUCUGUAUGGACUUUCCCUUCCAAAGCACCAGGAGCCACUUUCUCAAGGACGGGAGAGAUGGCAGCAACCAAAGUGUGGGUUGAAAACCAGUACUUUCUUUUGGUAGCAGAGCUGGUCUCCUGAGCCUCAGGUGCCUGUCUGCUGUGGAAAGAGCCCCAAAUAUGAGGCCUUCUCUUCGUGAAGAAGGCCUGGGGCUCCAUCCAGAGGCGGCAUCACAAAGAAGCGCAUUUCUGGACCACCUCUGCGUGUACAAUGCUAGGGGUGUUGAACGUUGUAUUUCAUCUUCACUGUAGCUGGUGGCGGGAGGGGGUGGAGGGGGUUAACCCUACUGCCCUGUCUCCACCCCUUUUCUUAAUAGCUGAAGAAAUAGGCUAAAAGAUGUGUAGGCCAGGAUCACCAAAGGAAAUGGUAGUGAGCCCUGAGCUAAGUCCAGGCAGGAGCCUGGAGCCAGAGGCAGUGUGGCCAGGGAGCCAGAGGCAGGAGUUGAGUUGGGGCCUUUAUCUCUACCCUAGAUGUACUGCUCCCCUGCCUUCCAGAUAUGUGCAUGAUAGGCAAAAGAAGAGAUAGAGCCUCCCAUAGGGUCAUCAACUUAGGAAACAGUACCAGUCAGCAUCCAAACCCUAUAAGAACAAGGCUGACCUAGAAGUUACUAGGUGUCACACUGCUUUCAUCUGAAUGAAUUCCACAUGGCCCUUGGGUUGAUGCCUCGUCACUAGCUUUUGGAAAAGGCAGUUGUUUAGCAGACAUGAGAUUGCCUAGGAAGCAGAAUUAGAAGCAAUUAAUUGUAAGGGUGAGAAGUGGGAGAGCCUUAGGCUAUUCCACUGAGUCUUAGGAUUUAUGACUGUUACCCUAGAAAAGCUUUCCAAAAAAGCCCAGUGCCAAGGGGGCCUUUGCACCUUUUAUGUGGCUGCAGAGGUCAGGAGUAUAGUGACUGUCACACUACCUGUUGGAGCUUGCAGUUCUGCCUGAGAUACAAUAAGCCAAGCCAUGUCCACCCUUCCUAAAUAGUCAGUGCACUCUGCUUUCUCAAACCCCAUGUGAUGUCCUUUCUUUCCCCCAACAUUCUGACAACCCUUCUCAUACACUUAAGAUUUAAAGCAGUAUAAGAUGAGCAAUAACCCCACUUCCUGAUUUCCUUAAAGUAUGAGCUCCUGAAGCACCAGGCAACAAGGAGGUUCCCUUAGCCUGGGAUGAUGGCACAAAGAUCCACCUCCUUACCCAGCAGGCAGUAAGUAGGCAGGCAGUGUUCACAGUAUGGUGUGACCCAGGAGGAUGGAGGAAGUAACAAGGAUGAAGGAGAGUUAGGUAAAUAGCAGCCAGGAACACAGAGGAAGCCACUAAGGUCAGCCCAUCCCACCUUCACAGCAAGUGUUCUGUCCUCUCCUAGGUUGGCCUCAGCUCCAUAACCAAGACACACCUAGGUUACAGUGCCCUUUACUCUGCCUUUCUCAGUCCCGGACACCACCACCACCCCGCCCCACCAUUCUCAUUUAGCUUAUGGCAAGCAGAGAUAGCCCAUUCAUAGGAUGGGCCUCAAUCAGCCUGAUCCGGGACAAAUCAGCUGUCACUCUCCCACCCCAGCCUAUCACAGAGACAGCCACCUGUCAGCAUUUGCCCAGAGAGUGGAAUGGGAUCUGGCUUCUCCUAGUGGGCACAGAAUGAGGGCCCUGUGGCUCCUUGCCACACUGUCUGUGCUCUCUAGUACAGGGUGCUGCAGUGAUCUUGGUUUCCUCACAAAGCCUUUUUGCCUUCUACCAGUUCCAUCCCACCAGAGUUUAUACCCUGCACUGGGGCACCUCCUGGGCACAGACCCAAACACUGAGCUGGCUUACUGGGGAGCCAGGUCAACAUCCACAUGUUUGAUGUUGCCAUGCUGUUGGUCACUUUGCUUUAGGGUCUGCACACCUGGGUGUGCAAACGUAUACAUGUGUGUGCUGUUUGUGCCAUCUGUGUACCCCUCACGCUUCCUGGAGUACACAUGUGGACACUACAGUGGAGACAUUAAGGAUGCAAUAUUUAUGGAUUGCUGCAUGAUUCUUAAAAAUGAAUAAAACUGUUUAUAAGGGAAGGAAAGCUGUUAACUGCAAAGUGGGCUUCUUUGUGAAAGUUUCAGUUGGAAUAGCUCAGGUGCUAGUAUUUUUACUCUGGAUCUUGAGGUGGAGAAGCAGGAGAGACAAGGUGGAGAGAAAGGCAUGCUCCUGGGUGGGAGCCCACUGCCUGGCAUUUUGCCUGAUCUUCUGGGCACAAGGCCUCCAGCCCUCAGCUUCAUUCCUGGGCAGAGCCUGUCCCUCCCUGUACAGCUGCCUUAAACCGGAGAACUCCCAACACUGCAGCUCCUCAAUAAUUAAAGAGCAGGAAAGCUGGUGACAGUAGGGAGAUCAGAGAAGGGAGGGCCAGUGUCCCUGUAGUCUUGGUUCCUCACUUAAAGGUUGGUGAAAUUAACAUGACAAAAUGACCUCGCUGAGAGAAUUUGGCAAGUCUGUGACUGCUUCCUCCGCUGGCUGGGAGAGGACCUCUGAAGAAGCCUCUGGAAUGCCAGCUUCCGGGAGCUUUGGCAGGAUAGGGGAAGGGAGGGAGCUGCUUACCGGGAGCUGCUGGUUUACCCUACCCGCCUUGGUGUGUCUGCGAGCUGUGUGGCCGUUUCUGCGAAUGUGAGCGGCAGGUGGCAUCGGAGAGUCAGACCUGCCUGCAGGCACGGAGGAGAUUCUCAGGGUCGGGAGCGAGGGAAAGGCCGCAGAAACAUGAGAAAGUGUCACUUGCAGCCCAGAUGGGAGGAAAGAAAACCCCAAGGUCACGGUUCCCGAGGCUGAGCGGGCGCCCAGCCUUGGCAUUCAGGGCCCGGGACUGAGUCCCAGGAACCGUCGACACCUCGGAGCAGCCCAAAGCCGGACACGGCAAAGCGGGAGUGGCAGUUCCCGGGACCUUGGGCGGCAGUCGCGCGCUUCUCCGACCCAGCGCGGGGCCCUCCGGCGGGAAUGCACCGAGCCAGGAC